AUGUUCUUGCAACGAUCUGCUGUGGCCGCCGCCAGACGCGCUGCCGUCUCCCCCAUCGUCCGACGAACCUUUUCCGCCUCGGUCAUCCGCCGUGAUGCCGGUGCCAAGAAUGUCGAGCCUCAUGCCACUGUUGGCCAGAAGAUAAAGCAGUUCCACGAUAUCAAGACCGAGGCCGACCUUGUUGGUCCUGGUGCCGCUCCCGGAUCCGUCCCUACCGAUCUCGAGCAGGCUACUGGUCUGGAGCGUUUGGAAAUUCUGGGAAAGAUGGAGGGUGUUGACAUUUUCGACAUGCGCCCCCUCGAUGCCUCGCGCAAGGGAACCUUGGACAACCCUAUCUUGGUCAAGUCCGCUGGUGACGAGCAGUACGCUGGUUGCACCGGCUACCCCGCUGACUCUCACGUCGUGACCUGGUUGGGUAUGUCCCGCGAGCGCCCCGUGGAGCGAUGCCCUGAGUGCGGUAGCGUCUACAAGAUGGAGUACGUUGGACCCCAGGACGACCACCACGGCCACGACCACCACGGAUACGAGGAGCCCAAGACCUUCGCCGACUUCGUCAAGCCCCAGUACUGGUAA